AAUGCACCAAUAAACACGAACGAUUUAAAUCAAAAAUAGCAACAGGAGGCACUAUCGAACGCACCUUUUAGUUUUAAAAAUCUAUUUUGGCUGUGUAAAAUACACCCCUCGUGUGACCUUAGCCCAAUUCACAUUGCGCUAGCGUAACCACUCUUUGUAUGACGUGUUACCACGCCCACUUGUGUAUUUUUUUUUAUGUAUCAAUUGGGUUGUAGAAUGUCUAUUGAGGUGAAAAUCGAACCGAAGCAAGAAGAGAUAAAUUCGAGCAUUAAAGAAGAACUUAAUGCAGUUGCCAUAAAGGAAGAACCGAACGAGCUUACUGGUAGCGCAGAAUGUUAUAAGUUGGAGUACAACGAAGAUUUGCAACGACAGAACAAUUACAGUUCAGACAUUAAGCCGUUUAGUUUCAAAAAUUGCGAUUACGCAAUUGAUAAUCAAUUUUGUUGUAAACGAGACCUUUUAACAGAUUUAAAAUGUAACAACUGUGAUUAUGCAGCUAAGACUAAAGACAAGCUUAAACAACAUUUUGAUACACAUAAUCUUGGUAAAGGUUUCAAAUGUGACCGGUGUUAUUACGCUACAAAUGUGAAACGCUAUCUUGUGCGACACCUCAAAACCCACGCAACUUUUACACUUCAAAAUCCUGCGGACCUAAAAUGUGAUUAUUGUGAUUAUAUGACGAAUACGAAACCCAAGCUUAAACGACACUUAAUAACUCACAAAGUAGCUAGAGAUUUUAAAUGUGGCAAUUGUGAUUUUACGACAACAGCGAAAAUAUACUUGAAACAACAUCUUGUAACACAUCGAGUUUCUCACGAUUUAAAAUGUGACCAGUGUCAUUAUGCUACAAAUGUGAAACGGAAUCUUGUGCAACAUCUCAAAACCCAUCGUAAUGGUACUUUUACCAAUGAUUUCAGAUGUGACAAGUGCGUUUUUAAAACAAAGAGGAAAUGCAAUUUUAUUCAACACUUGAAGGCGCACGUGAUUGAAGAUUUUAAAUGUGACGUCUGUCAUUAUGCGACCCAUUCUAAAUGCAACUUUAAAGCGCAUCUUUUAACACAUCAAGUUUCCAAAGAUCUUAAAUGUGACAAGUGCGGAUACUCAACAAAGUCUCACCGUUAUUUUAAUGAACACCUCGCUCGGGAAUCGUGCGAAAUUUUUCGAUGUGGCAGUUGCAAUUACGUAACUUAUAUUAAAAACAAGCUUACACGACACCUUUUAAUACACAAUGCCAACGAUUUUAAAUGUGAUAAGUGUCACUAUGCGACAAAUAUCGAAUACAAGCUGAAAUACCACGCCUUAUCGCAUAAAGUGUCUAAAGAUUUUAUAUGUGAGAAUUGUGGUUACGCAACAAAUGUUAAAACGCUAUUUAAACAACACCUCUUAACACACAAUGCUUCUGAAGAUUUCAAAUGUACUCACUGUGAUUUUUCGACUACACAAAACAGUUAUUUGAAAAGGCAUCUCAUAGUGCACAAAGUUUCUAAAGAUUUGAAAUGUGACCAGUGCGAUUUUGCAACGAACGUUAGAUACAAACUUAAUCAACACCUUUUAAGACACAACAUCCCCAAGUAUUUUAAAUGUGAUAAGUGUGAUUAUGAAACGACAAGUAAAUCUCGUGCUAUGGACCAUCUCCUAACGCACAAGGUUUCCAAAGAUUUUAAAUGUGAUAACUGCGACUACGUGACCGGUAUUAAAUAUCGUUUUAUACAACAUCUUCUAACGCAUAAAUCUCUCAAGGAUAUUAAACAAGAGCAAUCUGUCGAUUUUAAAUGUGACCGAUGCGAUUAUGGAACAAAUGGCAAGCACAAGCUUAAGAAACACAUUCGAGUGCACAAGGAUUUUAAAGAUUUUAAAUGUGAGCGUUGCGAUUACGUAACUAACUAUAAAAUGUGCCUUAAACAGCAUAUGGAAAGGCGCCACCCUGUUACAAACUAAAAACCUCUUUGUUUAAUGGGCAAUAUGUAAGUCGGUAAGCAUCAGGCAAUAAUUUGUGGUUUAAGUAGGAAGUUUUCGGUGUUUUGAUCUAAUAAACUAUUAAAAUAAGUGGGGGGUUCUGAGUAUGGGUAUUUCUUAGUUGAUCUAAUUAUAUUUUUGUACCGUCUUUGUCAAUUGUCAGGUACCCACUUUAUUAUUUUAUUCUACUAUUAGGAAUGUAUCUUAAUAAUGAUAUUUAUUGGUUACUAUAUCAAUCUUUGGGCGAGGCGAGGAGGCGCAGACAUAGACUGAUAAUCUCAAAUGAGCAAAAUAAUUUACUGCAUUAAUGCAAAUAUAAUGUAAUUUAAUGCAAUAUAUAAUAUACGCAAUACAAUACAAUAUAUAUAAAAUUCAAUAUAAUAUGUGUAAAAAACGCGAAAAUAUUGUUGGGUAAACAAUGUCUUGUAGACUUAGGUCUAAACACCAAAAAUAAUGACGAGACAUCCUGUAUAUGAGACUAUUUCAAUUAAAUCUGGGAAUAAGUACCUUU